ACAUGGAGAGAUGUCCAGUAUCUGAUAGCCUACACUGCCAAUCCUCACCUGACUGCUGGUCCUCUGACACGGAAUGGAGCUGGUCUGGCAGUGAGUCGUCAGUAUGGGUUUGGAGUGAUGGAUGCUGAGGCCAUGGUCACCAGAGCCAGACAGUGGAUCAAUGUACCUCCUUGGAUAGAACACCACAUUACCAAUGUUUCCCAACAGGAAAUUGCAGGUGUGACAUACUCAGCAACAGCAAACUAUACCGCAGACAUCCACUACUUGGAGCAUGUGAUUGUCAAAAUGUCUGUAGCCAUACCAAAGAAUCAU